AUGUUCGAGUUUGCUUAUUCAGAAGAUCUCGUCCGCUUUCGCCACACACUCACUGUGUAUACAACCAUCAUCCAACCUCUCAUCCGGUCGCUGUGGGCGCUCGAGGCGCUGAACGCCAAUGCAUCUGAUGUGUGGAUGUUCUUUAUGGCAUGUGCUGCCUACAGUAGUGAUUCGCCAGGUGCAUCCGUUCAGGAAACUGGGAUUUCUCGGGAGCUCGCCAAUGAAGUCAUUGAGAAGUUUAACAACCGCUAUGACAAUCUCUUUGUGAACCAGGAGAUCUAUUUCUCCGCAUUCCUUUUGGAUCCUCGUUACACCAUGCGUUCAGAUGCCUUCCUCAUCCUUCCCACCGAGCCUAUCAACGUCUUGCUGCCCCGUAAAGGCGCUGAUUUGACUGUCCGCCAUCCUCGCGCCUUCGACCGGUUGAAACAGUUCUGCAAAGAGACUCUCAUGGCUAUGGUAGAACGAGCAGGGAAGUUCCCAUCCGAGCCCGUUGCACUUGCGCUCGCAUCUAUUGGCGACUCGACGGAGAUCACGCAAGCCCUUCAAGAGCAACUAUACGCCUAUUGGGACGGCCGUGCUCCUUUCAAGUCCCCGCUUCGACCUGGGGAAACUCCUCUUCGGUGGUGGAUGUCUCUGCAGGACGACCGGAAUGCAAGUGUACUCACAUUGAUAUGCGUGAAAGUCUUCUCAGUUCUUGUGAACUCUAUGCCAGAUGAGUGCACCGGUUCGAAGGUCACAUGGUUGAACAGCCCCCUUCGCGGACGCCAAGAUGCGCAGACUCUCAUAGAUAUGGCUUUAGUAGGACAAUACUGGUCACGCAAGGUCACGACACGCGGGAACUCGCACAAACGGCCCCCGAUGGUUCGCGUCACAUUCCGUGACAUUGAGAAAGACCUCAUCAAGGCAGCCUCGGGCGAUGUAGAGGUGUCAGAUGGUGAUAGCGACGCAGGCCGUAUCACUGCCAACGACUCAGACUCAGGCGACGAGUCGUCAGACAGCGAUUCACUGUUAGAUCAACAGGCCCGACGCCGCCGCCACGACUCCAGUGCCAGCACGUCAGCGAACAUUAACUCUAGCGCCAACAAGACAGCUCUCCUUCCAUCCUACGACAUGGACUUGACCUCUCCUGACCUCCUCGACGUCCUCUCGGAUACACCUCGAGUGUCGGGCUCUUCUGCAGCAUCACAGUCAUCAUCAGCGUCCGCCUCCCAGCCCGCCUCAUCGGCGCCGAAGGCUCGUGCUCCUAGCAUGAAAAUCAAGGCUGGUGACUGGGAUUUCUAG